AGCGAGGGCCUGGCUUACUAUUGUCAGCCUGGGCUCUGAGGGUUUGUGUGUUUCUAUCUCAGUAAGAGGGACAAUUGGGAUAAACAGCUCACAGAUGGACAUUGAGUUGAUGAUUCGGUCAGUUUGGAUUAUGUAAGUGGAGAGAAGUCAUAACUAAACUAAAUUGCAUAUGAGACAUCUGUAUGCUGUAGCGGUGGAGGUCCGAGGAGCCUAGAAAUAACUAAGUUAGAAAAAGACCCGAGGGGGGAUAGGAAGUGUGUGCAUCUCAAGAGGCUGGGUCGCAGCAGAAGCGCUCUAAGGCUGUGCCCUUGCCCAGAACAAAAGAAAAAAAGAAAACGGCACCCUGCAAUAACUCUGCGGACCCCAAGCAAAUAGAAACUGAAGAAUGGAAGGCUCCAGAAUCUCUCUCCAUCUUCUCUUCUUCCUUCUGAUUGGACAAGCUUCACACACUAGCAUUACUCAGCCUCAGACCACUAAUGCCAUGUAUCCAACUGACAUAACCUCAAUUACCCAAGAGGAAAACGACACCUCCAGCUCUCCCACAAAGGCCACCACGGGCUGCCUCAUCAAGCCCCAGUUGGGCUUCAUAGUGGUGACCUGCGCUGGGGGCCUGGUCCUGUUUCUGCUCGUCUCUACUGUGGUCCUGGCCUCCCAGGUGUGCAGUCUUAGGCGCCAGGCCCGUGCCCCUCGCCCCGCCCGCAGUAACGUGGACCUGGUGAGUGGCGCAGGCUACUGGGACACGGAGCACUCUGAGGGGGGCAUAGUGGGGCCCUGUGAUACCAGUGUCAUGUUGGAGGAGGUCCGUUUGGAUGGAGAAGAGGAUGAAGAGCAGGGGGAAGAAGAGAAGGAGGAAAGGGAGGAGGAGCAGGCAGAAGGAGUCAGAGGCCAAACAGGGGAUGUGAGAACAACUGGCGAAAUAGCCAUGCAGAUGCAGAGUUCCAGCUCCAGGGAUUUGUGUCUGGAAAUCCCCCAGGAUCUAGAGAACAUGCCCCUAGUGGUGUGAGUAGAGCAUUGCAUGCACUCCCUCUCCAGCCUCAGAGAGCCAUGGCCUGGCUCAGAACUGAACUUCACUCAGGCAUAGAUAUCAACAGGCCAGAUCAGCUCCAGUCUUGUGCCUCAAGUCAAAACAAAGAGUAUUUGUUAUUUUUUAAAUAAGUACUCCAGCUAUAUGUAAUCCAUUUUUAGGAGCUUUUACAUAUUUGCUUUGUAAACUGAAUUAAUCUGAUUUGGAAUGAUUUUGUCUCAAAUUUAUUUCUAUAGAGAACAUUUGAAUAGGCUGUUGGGAGCAGCAAGACAUUAAUUUGAAAUAAUGUGCUACGAACAGCACACUACUGCCAACUGCCCAAGUUAAUUACGCUUACAGCUUACUACGAAGGUUCAGGAUCUUUGUACGGGGAGGGGGGGGGUCACUUAUAUUUUACAUUUGAGUCAUUUAGCAGACGAUCUUAUCCAGAGUGACUUACAGGAGCAACUAGGGUAAAUUACCUUGCUCAAGGGCAUAUUGACAA